UCGCAUUAUAAUUGUUCAGUGUACCGCCAGCCAUGGUCGAGAUCACAAUGAGGGUCGUCGCGUUAGUGUUCAUAUUUAUCGGAACGUGUUAUUGUCAAGUGGAUUUCUAUGAACGGCCGCGGAACUUUAGUAUCGAACUAUUGUAUCACACACAGUUGGAAACUGAAGGGCAUGUAGUGAUAUCACCUUUCGGGAUAUGGACCUUGAUGACUGGUAUUGCCCUUGGAGCGACGGGCAACAGCUACAACCAGCUCGCGAGGGCAUUCAUCCUGCCGAAGAAUCAAAACACAUUAAUUCAAGGAUACAAAGAGUUGACGAACGCUGUCCUAGCCCAAGGAAAUCAUGGAGUCAGCCUUGCUAGCAGAAACUUCGUGUUUUUGGACAACGACUUCUCGGUGUACCCAGCUUUCAGAGGCACACUACAGAAUGAUUUCGGAGCCUCACUUAAAGUUCUGGACUUCGACGAUCCCAACUCGGCCCGCAUCGCUAACACCUACAUCGAGAAAUCAGGCGGUCGUGUCUCCAACGUUCUGCGAUCAGACGACUUCCAUGAAUCAAGAAUGAUCCUCACAAAUGUGAUAUCUUUCAAAGGACUGUGGGCUUCACCCUUCAACAAAAGUGAUACAGUGCUGGAACCGUUCUACGAUGAAAAUAAAAAGGCUGUAGGCAGUGUAAACAUGAUGUUCCAAAAGGGACAAUUUGCGUUCUCAAAUAUGCAGUCAUUGAAAUCUUUUGUGGUAGAGCUACCUUAUGGUACGGAUAAGAAAUACUCAAUGAUCGUCAUACUGCCAUACCCUUCAGUGAAAAUCGCGGAUAUGUACAAGAACUUCGACCACGUGAGCCUUAAGGAUGUCUUCAAGAGGCUUCAAGAUGAUGUUGACGCUUUUGGCAUGGAAGAUGUUGACGUGAAACUGCCAAGGUUCCAAAUUAGCACAAACCUGAUUCUCAACAAGCCCUUGAAUCAAAUGGGCGUGUAUGAUAUCUUCCAGCCUGAUCUGGCUAGCUUCCAACGAGUGACUAAGGACAAUAUCUUUGUGUCAGCCAUAGUACAUAAAGCUGAGAUUGAAGUGACAGAAUCCGGUACGGUGGCGUCUGCCGUUUCUACAGCUACUUUCUCCGACAGGAUAUCAGCGCCAUAUUUCCAUGCUAAUCGACCAUUUAUCUACUUCAUUAUGGAGAAAACUACGACGACUGUGAUAUUCAGUGGUAUUUAUUCUAAACCUACUGUAUAUUGAUGAGAAUACUCAAGACUGUAAAGUGUUACAUCCGUGUUCGCUAAAAAAAAAACAAUUUAAAAUUGACAGCUGACGAUCAUCACUAUUUUCAAGUCGAUUGGAACAAUAUUUGAAUAUGAAUUUUGUUCUAGAAUGACUUGUCAGUUUUUAGAAAUGAGUUUCGUAUCAAAAACUUUUUUUUAUAUUAUUGCCACCAAGUAGGAUUUAAUAGUGAUUAAUUUAAUUUUAAUUAAUCCUUUUUUGUACUUUUGUCGUAUGUUUUGAUGCAAAAGAGCAAUGAAUGUGGAAAUUAAAAUAAUGAAUCAUUGUGUUAGCCUUAACAUGUAAAUGGGUGUCGUUGAAAGAAUUAUAAGCGUUAAUAGUUGUU